AUCAUGGACUGGACUGGCCUGCCCCGUUACCGGCGCACGUUAAGACAAAGAAAAGGGGGGCCUGGUUAGGAGAUGGAUCUAACACCACAUAACAAAUCCCCAUCCAAAUCCAUCCCAAUGAACCCUACAACAACAUCAUCACCACCACCCAACUCAAAUCCCUUCUCUCUAUACUCCUGAAAAGCACCCACAAACCCCCCCUUUUCUUACCCCUUUUUCCUUCCCCAAUCGCCACCAUGGAACAUCACCACAUGCGCAAGUUAGCAACUUCACACUCUAACACCAAGUCACCAUCUUCAUCUUCAUCAUCGUCGUCUUCGUCUUCGUCUUCCAUUUGUCAAACCCACAAAAAGAUCGUUUCCAAGAAAACCCGUCUUCCGAUUAUUAACCCGGAUCUCGCCCUAGUCGCCGCCGACAUCCAUGAUCUAUCUCCUCACUUGUCAAACCUACAGCUAAAUCAGACAUCCAAACAUCGUAUUCAUCAGAAAUUACAACCCAUAUCCGAGUUGCCAUCGUCCGUUGAAGGGGGGAGUAGAAACACGAAAUCGAGUCAGGGGCAAAGGAAAAUCGCCGUGGAGAUUGAGGGAUUUCGUGAAUUUAAGAAGAAAACAUCGAAAAAGGAGAGUGGAUUGAAGGUUAAUAAUAGUGAUGAUGCGAAGAAGGUGUUUGUAUCAAUGUCGAAGAGUCAGGACAGUGGAUUGAAGGAAGCAGCAGCAACAGCAGCAGCUGAAGAAAAGCUGAAGAGACCUUCGUUUUCUCUAUCGACAUCAUCAGUCGUUGGUGGAAGGAGAAGAUCAUUCCGUGACUAUCAGACUGAUCUGGCUGAUUUCUUCAGCUGUGCAGGUGUCAAAGUGGUGGCUGUUGAUAUGCCGCCCUUCAUGCAAGUGCAUGCUGUUGAAUUCGCUAGAAAAACUUAUGACAGCUUGGAGAAGUUCACUGCCAAAACACUUGCUCUCACCCUAAAGAAGGAAUUUGAUGGGGUUUAUGGACCAGCCUGGCAUUGCAUUGUAGGGACUAGUUUUGGUUCAUUUGUGACACAUUCAGUAGGUGGGUUCCUUUACUUUUCAAUGGAUCACAAGCUCUAUAUCCUAUUGUUCAAAACAACAGUACAGAAAGCAGCAGAUCAUGAUUGAUUGAACCAAACUCUCACUGAAUUUUUUUAUUUUACUUUUAACCCCAAUAUAGAGGAAAGAAAUUACAGUGUUGUAAAAUGGUUUGUUGUUGUUAGCUAUCAAAGUUUUUUUGUACUCUCUGUUGUUCAAUAUAUUAUAGAGUUCCUUUUUUUUCCACAUGAAAGCUUGGACUAAAGUUGUUCUAUAAAAUGGUGUUAGAAGAAGCAAGAUUCUUACUAUUGUUGACAUUUGGGAGUAUUUGAGAUU